UUCCAUUUUACCUAUUCUUUCCAGGUCUCAAGCCAGAUCCAUUAAAAAUCCUUCAAAAUACGAAACCGUUAAAGACUUUCCGUUAGAUCUGAAAAAAAGUUCCCUCCACGGUGGCGCCGUCGGGGCCGCAAGCCCUCUCUCGCAGAAAACCACCACCUUCUUCAAGUCCAGGUGCGAGCAGAGAAGAUCGAACAGAACCUUCUAGAAAGAGUCCGACGGUUGAUUAUCCAUUUUGGCAACAGAAUUGGUUUAUCGGAUUACUAUUCCUGAUGGCGAUGGGAUUCUUAGGUUUCGCUCUCUUCCUCUUCCUAUCUCUCGAUCUCGAUCAAGGUUCCACUUCCUCCGCAUCCGCCGCCUCCUCCUCCUCCACCUCCCAAAACGUCGAGAUUACUUAUGGGACGGUUCUAAAGCUAAUGCACGAGAAAACGAAAUUUAGGCUGCAUUCACACGAUGUGCCGUACGGUUCUGGAAGUGGACAGCAAUCUGUUACCGGCUUUCCUAAUGUAGAUGAUUCCAACAGCUACUGGAUUGUUAGGCCUGAACCUGAUACAUCUGCUAAACAAGGAGACACCAUUCCUAGUGGAACAAUUAUUAGGUUGCAACACAUGAGAACUAGAAAAUGGCUGCAUAGCCAUUUGCAUGCAUCUCCAAUAUCAGGAAACCUAGAGGUUAGCUGCUUUGGAGGAGAAUCAGAAUCAGAUACCGGUGAUUACUGGAGGCUCAUUAUUGAGGGAAGUGGGAAGACUUGGAAGCAAGAUCAAAAGAUCCGGCUUCAACAUGUGGACACUGGUGGUUACCUCCAUAGUCAUGAUAAGAAAUAUGCCAGAAUAGCUGGUGGACAGCAAGAGGUUUGUGGUGUUCGAGAAAAACGUGCCGACAAUGUAUGGUUGGCUGCAGAAGGUGUGUAUCUCCCCAUUACCGAAAGUAAGUAGUAUAUAUGUUUAACGGAUCACUACUUCAGAAAAGCAGGUACAUGGGUUUUUUGGAUUUGUAGGUGGUUGGUGCCUGUUUAUUUAGUACCUAUAACCAUCUUAUGAAAUCAAGUAGUAUAUUUGCAGGACAAUUCUCUGCUAAGUACUUUAUAAUGCAUGCUUAUGUAACUUGAGAGUUGAGACUAUGUAUUCAUGAGUUUAAUUUUUUCACUAAAAAGCAGCUUUUCCUCAUUUUCCUAAA